AUGGAUAUAGACUCUUACAGGUACAGGGUGCCCAAGCCUAACUAUCUUCCUCAUAUACCAGACGAUGACCGCGAUAACUCCAUCGUGGAAGAGUUCACCAAUGCUCCUCUGGGUUUAGCAAGCGAGAUGGAUAAUGCCAAAUUCUACAACAAAUGCAAGCGUUUUGCCGAGGAGUCUGGUAUCACACGGCCCAAGGGGUACAACGUAUCUUUCCAUUGCAACCCAGAUAUCGAGAAGCAUCACUUUGGUGUCACGCAUCCUAUGAAACCCUGGCGGUUGACUCUCUCCAAGAGUCUCAUUUACUCUUACGGCAUGUCCUUCGCAAUGGACAAUUACAUCUCAAGAUCAGCCACGUAUGAGGAACUCGCUGAGUUCCACUCUGAGGACUAUCUGGACUUCCUCGGUACAGUACUGCCGGAACCAGUCCCUCGGGAUCUUGAGAACCAAGGAGUAGACUUAAAGUUCAACCUGGGCGGUUCUGAUUGUCCUCUCUUUGAUGGUCUCUUCAACUAUUGUUCUUUGUCCGCUGGUGGAUCUCUUGAUGCGGCCAGGAAAAUCUGUUCCAAGCAGUCUGAUAUCGCUAUCUCCUGGGGUGGCGGCCUCCAUCACGCCAAGAGGUCUGAAGCGUCCGGGUUUUGCUAUAUAAACGACAUCGUGAUCGCUAUUCUCCAACUCCUUCGCCAUUAUCCCCGAGUCUUGUAUAUCGAUAUCGACGUACACCACGGCGACGGAGUGGAAGAAGCUUUUUUCUCAACCGACAGAGUCAUGACUGUCUCUUUUCACAAAUAUGAUCCAAACAACUUCUUCCCGGGUACUGGCGCUCUUGAUGACAACGGCCCCAAGAGCGAGCACAACCCGGGCGCCCACCACGCCUUCAAUGUACCUCUGAAUGACGGUAUUACUGAUGAACAAUACGAUCACUUGUUCAAUACCGUGAUUGGCAAAAUCGUUGAAAAGUUCCGACCUGGCGCCAUUGCUCUACAAUGCGGUGCUGAUUCUCUCGCCGGCGAUCGUCUCGGUCGCUUCAAUCUUCAGGUUCAGGGGCACGGAGCCUGCGUCAAGUUCUGUAAAGACAUGGGAAUCCCCAUGAUUCUCUUUGGAGGAGGCGGGUAUACUCCACGCAACGUGGCCAGGGCAUGGACAUAUGAGACUAGUAUCGCUAUUAACGCCCAGGACAAGAUCAACCCCAUUCUUCCCGAGCAUGCUCCAUGGCGCGACCACUUCCGACAGGAUACACUUUUCCCUACACUUGAACAAAUCCUAGGCGAACCAAGAGUGAACCGAAAUCCUCCAAAACGUUUACAGGAAAUUGUGCAACAUGUUACUGAACAACUUCGCUUUGUAGAGGCAGCUCCAAGCGUCCAGUUCCAAACGAUACCUCCCGAUCUGGGAGGCGUUAGAGAUGAUGUCGAGGAACGAAUCAAGGAGGAGAACGAGGAAAGGCGAGAUGAAGUUCGCAGAGCACGAGAGGCUGCGGUGGGAACUGCGAUGCAGCUUUAG